GUGUGCAGCUGACGAGAAUGGCAAGUACAAACAAGUCCAUCUUUGAGAGUCAUGUUGAAACGACGUUGUUUCUGGCUGCAAUACAUCGCUGCAAAAUAUGCAACUUCUACUCAUCAGACAGUGGGGAGAUUGGCAAUCAUGUAAGGAACAUCCACAUGAGAGGGACUGGCGAGGAAGGGGAGCAAACCAGAAUUCCUGAAGGGCCUCUCGAGCAACGCGACUCCGAGACACCGUUAAAAACAGUAUUGAAUGAAAUACAGAACUUGCAGUGUUUGAAAUCUAUUCCGAAAGACCAGUUUGUCUUAAAGCAUUUAUCUGGUUUGCAAAGGAGCAAUGACCAUGGCGUGCCGCAACCAACAGCCACGCAGGAUCAAAGUGCAGAAGAUGUUGGUCGCUCUGAUCCUGAAGUGAAUCUUGCUAAAUUCUACCAGUUUCUGAUUACUGAAAGCAAAUUAUGCCGAAGGGAACAAUCUCUAAUGGAGACGGCUGAUCAGCCAGGAGACGAUGCGAGGCAACAGGUUGAGACACAAGCUUCACCAACAAAAUCUCUAGGUGAUAAGGAAAAGUUGACCAAAGGAAUAUCUGAUAAAGAGUGUUUGAAAGAAACAAUCACCACUAAUAAGAGAAAGGAGAAUGAUUCUUCUAUAUCAGAAUCUAGCUUGAAAUUUGAUUUCAACAGAGCCUAUUUAUCUAUGCUUGCUGCAGCUAAAGUAAAAAGCAGCAAGGCAAAGGAGAAAAGUAAAGAGAAAAGACAAGGUUGGGUAUUAGAUGAGCCAAGUGCUGACAAGACACAGCCAUUAGGUGAAGAUGUCGUCAAGGAAGAGGAUUCUGGAUCCAGCAGGGAUCCUACUCAAGAUUUGCCUCAGCCUCAAGGUUAUCAAUCAGAUGCUGCAGCAGUGUCAGCACUGUCAGAGAUGGAAAAUGCGGGCAGUUCAAGGGAAGCAAAGGACCCUCAGGACAAUGAGAGUAUAGACACGAACUUUGAUUCAUUACCUGGAACUUCCACAGAGGAAAACAUGGAAACGUUGUCAUUGGACAAAGAUCAAGGACAGAUGCAGGAAGGGGCCCAACCGACACCCUUGUUGACGCUGGAUGGUUCUAAGCAGUUUGGUGUAGACUUCCAGGCGAUAGCUCAAAGAGCUUCACAGACCAACCCUGAAGCCACUACCAUCACGGUAGUACAGCACACUGGUGGCAAUCGCCCACCUAUGACAAUCCACUUCAAGAAAAGCCAUAAAAGUGAGGCUAUCAUCCCCACUGGAGAAUCCCUGGGGAUUGAAUCACCUUUCUUGCGCAAGAACUAUGUCGGUUCUAAGAUAUUCGCCUGCAAGGAGUGCCAUUCCCGGUACAAGACAGCCAACGAGCUGGAGCGGCAUGUCGUCAAGAAACACCAGAAGCAAAAGAGCUUCCUCUGUGAGAUUUGUGGCGAUGCUCUUGCAACGCGCGGCGGGAUGAAAAUCCACAUGGAACGCAAGCACACAGAGAUUAAGUUCCAUACGUGCGACAUCUGUGACUACUCAACGCGAUCAACCACAAGACUUCAAACUCACAUCAAGAAGCACAACAAGGAAACGUCAGAGUACUUCUGUAAGCCAUGCAAGAAGAGCUUUGUCUCUGCGUCUAAGCUUCGCCAGCAUGAGCAUUCGCCGAUGCACAAGAACGCUGUCGACCCAAUUAUCUGUGAGCAUUGUGGGUAUGUGACCAAGAAGAGGGAUAACUUCCUGGUUCAUCUUCGGAAGCAUACUGGUGAGAAGCCGUAUAAAUGUAGUCACUGUGACUAUGCCUCAGCUGACGGAAGCACACUCAAGCGGCAUGUGAUGGCUCUCCACUCUACUAUCCGUCCUUUUCGCUGCUCCCAAUGCCAGUUCUCUUGUGUAGACAAGAAAGGCCUCAGGAUACAUAUGCGAAAGCAUACAGGUGAGAGACCAUUUACAUGUGAUCUUUGUCCGUAUGCUGCCAAACGAAGCGGUGCCCUCAACAUCCAUCGAAGGACACACUUACCUGAAAAGACAUCUGUAUCCAGUUCUAACGAUGGUUUAACUGCUGGUGGCGCUACAGACGUUGCUUCCUACGUGGAUAUCAGCCACGCUCCUUCCGGACAAGUGCCUUCCGUGUCAUCCAUUAUUGUAACUAGGGGCUAUCCAUCUCAGAGGCCUGCUGAGACUUCAGCUACAACCAGUGCUACUGCCAUACCUCCUGGCCACCAGGGAAUAUCAAACAUUCACUCUACUGCUCCUGGGCAGAUUUCAACACAGGUCAUCAGUUCCCAAGGAGACCAAUCAGUUGUCAGUUAUCUCUAUGGCAACCUGUGUCACGAUGUCAAGGGUCAAGGUCAAAGUCAAGAGCCAUUGAGCAAAGUUUAACAGAACAGUGGCAAUCAAUCAACAUCCUCAGAAAGCAAUUACAUCUUUAUUUUUAUGCAAUUAGAGCCCUGUUGCAGAAAGAUUUGUGUUUAAAUACAAGUUAGGAAAUCAAACGCAAGUCUCAAAUACACGCUUCCGGUUCUUAUUGGUUGAGAAACAGGUUGCGAUUGAAUUUUGAAGUUUCAUUCGCAUCUCUUUGGAACCUCCAUUUGAUUUUAUUGGUAGCAUGUACACGCAGUUCUUUCUGCAACAGACGUAAGAUGUAAAUUUUGAGGAGACGUGCAAUAACAGUUCAGGGGACCGUUUCAUCAACAUUUUUGUCUGACAAGUUGUCAGAUCUGACAUCUUUCCUUGAUUCUGACUGGCUGAGAGGCAAUGUUACUAUAGUAACUGUCGGAUAACAUGGGACUUGUCGGAUAAAAAGUCCGACAAGUCCUUUCAUGAAACGCUCCCCAGUGCUCUUAUAUCUACCUACCUGCCACUACUUCAGGACCUGGGUCCCGUCCAACAAAGAGCUGCAAUUGAUGCGAUCAACCUCAACUCUGUGGAAAUCCAUCACUGUCAUAAGUUUUUUCUGCAGGAAAUUUGCACAUUGUCCUUUGUUAGCAAGAGAAGCAUACAACAUUUUCAGGAAAACAAUGAAUGUACCGGUUACACUUCGUAAUUCCGAAGGUUCGUAAUUCCGAUGGUUCUUAAUUCCGAAGGU